AUGGACGAGAUGGCGAAGAUGUUGAAGAGCUACACGGGCGGCUUGCAGCAAUCGUUCGAGUCAGUCUUCGAGCGCGUGGGGCAGAGCUUAUCACAGAGCGCACAGGUGAUGCAUAUGAUGAAUCAAGUGAUGGAGUCAGCGAUGCUACAAAACCUGCUCAUUUCCUCGAGCUAUGGAGUCAAUGAAGGCCUCAUCAUUGCGGUGGAGAAUUGCUCACAGAUCAUGUUGGGGCAGACGAUAAUCAGCGCCCAAUUGUGUAACUCCGAGACGAGUUUCUUCUCUACGACGCUCGAGUCGCUUUGUGUCGGCCAGCGAGUGCAGCUUCAAACGUCGAUUCCUGACGUCGUUGGUCCUAUCGCAGGCUUCAUUGAGCUGGAAUGCAUCAGUCCUGGCACGCAGCAGACACUUACGAAACGCUGUUCGUUCCGGGUGUUUUAUCUCGAGCAAGGGACAUUUCAAGCUGUGAUGACUGGAGAAGAAGGCGCAACCCCUGAUUUAUAUGAAGUGGCGGUGACGUCAGGCAAUCUCCCAUUGACACGAGUGAGGGAGCUCCUGAAUCUCACUCCAAUUCAAGGCAUCUUGACGGACAAACAGGGACGGUAUCGUUUCGUACCAGCUGAUCAGCGAAACAAUGACAUUGUGUUCUAUCUAUCGGUGAAGGAGGAUGAAGAAGGCGACUGUGGCAACCAUGUUACAGUAUCUGCUGCUGCUGCUGGAAAUGUCAGUACCGCCGAGGAGCGCCUGCGUCGAUGCCAGCAGAUAAUUAAUGAGAUGGAAAUCGAAAGUGGUAAUUAG